AUGGUUUUCGGCUGGGGCGAAUCUCAAGAACACUACGACCAAUACCAAAACGAAGACACUGCCAGUCUCGGUCAUGAGGUUCUUGCAGGAGGUGCUGGUUUCGCCGCCAUGAAGAUGUUCGAGGACAGACAACGCAAGGAGGGCAAGCCAGUCUCCCACGCUUUUGCUAAGGAGCUCCUCGCCGGUUUCGCCUCUGCUGAAGUCGACAAGUUGGCUGAGACCAAGGGUGAGGACUGGGUCCGUGAGCACAGAAUGAGAGAAAAGUCAGAGGAACAAGCCAAACAUUUGUACGAUCAACAUUAUGGCCAGGAUGAUCAAUACGACCCAAACCAACGUGGUCCCCCAGAGCACUUCAACAGCUACGACAACAACUGGUAA